AUGUGUGGUCUGUACAGAGCUAUGAUGGAAAGGGAAGAAAAGCCUCCAAUGAAAAUGUUGGGGUUCCCUUGCUCUGCUGGCCAACCUUUUAAAGGUGGGCUAUGGGAUUCAUGGGCUGGGCUGGAUGAUGAAGACCCUAUCCUUCUUUCUGGUUGGUCGGAGUACUAUAACCUUCGAUCACUGCCAUUGUCAAGUCCUGUUGCUGAUGGUCUUUCCCACCCUUUGAUGGUUUAUUAUAUGUUGACGGCUUUCAGUAUCAGUUCAAAGAAUCUUUUAUUCAAAGGAAAGGAGGUGAUUCCUCACUACCUGGGGCCUGAAGGGGAGAUGGACUGGAUGCCGACAUUUGUUAAGAUCAGUCACUUGUUGGGUAAAAUACAAGUAGCUAUGGUGGGACCCGAAUUUGUCAGGAACAAAUCAGGAAUAAGUAGCAGAGUUAGGGUGAAUCUUGUAAGGGGUGUUCAUCAGGAAGAAGCCACCAACUUGCCUUCCCCCCAUGUUAUAGCUGCACUGAACUGCGUAUUAGAUAGGCAUGCCAGUUGGGGUGGUGCACUUGAUUUGAUCAAAGCCAUGGGCAUUCCAGCCUUCUUCAACGAGCCGUCAGAAAUUUGUGUGCAAAUGCUAAACAGGUUUUACGUGGUGCUGGACUGCACAUCACCUACCCCGUGA